AUGAAACAGCCACUUCGUCGCUUCUCUUUCAGACCUUUCGCUGUGCAACUCCAUUUAGAGCAUAAUGAUACGCUUUCCUCUAUUCAAGAACGCGAGAAGAAGGAACAGGCAACCGCGGCGCUUUCCAAACGGGUCGUUAAACCCAUUAGCUCUAGUUCGGACAAACGCGCAAAACAGUCGGCUUUGUUAGUUCGAGGCUUGAUCGUUGGCCCGACCGCUUCCUCUCCGAAACUCUCCUCUGCCGUCGCAAAGCCACAGAUGGGUAAACUCAAGUCACAACUGAUGCAGGCCAAAUCCGCGAACAAGAUCAUCGCGCACUUGCGGACUUUAUCUGCAGACAGUGCGGAACCCAAACCAACUGGUCCAAUACAUGCAGUUUGCCUCGCCCAUCCGGACGGUGAGGAGCACGAUCUACAUUUCUCCAAGCUUGGUACGACAACACCUCCAAGCGUAUCAUCCUUUGCUGUGAUGAAUAGUGCGCCAUUAGAGGCGCUUUCAUCCUUAUUCAACGAAAUGCAUGUCAUCGACCUUGUUAAAUCGCCGGAUUUUGGACUCGGACAACCGGGAGACGGAAACGGAAUACUGGCAGGAGCACUUCCCACUGCUGAGACUGUGAUUAAUGGUAUAGAGCAAAUCACACCUCAAUUAAUGGCAUUGGGAUAUGCCACUGGUCGUGCUGUCAUGCCCGACCACACCGGAAUACACCCUCCGAUAGACCGUAUGUCUGUUCUCACGUAUUGGUGGGGUUUGGAAGUAGUACUCCCACCGCCUUCUCUAGUUUAUCUCGCGAAUGCCCAAUCCAUUUCCGGCUCUGUCGUCAAUUUCCUAACAGCCCUCGCCGUGAUCAACAACGGGGUCCGUGAAAUCCUUCCCUUCGUUCGCUACAUAUCGCAAUUCAUCGAUUUCGAGUUCAAGGCUAUUCAGGCGCAGGACAUGGGUAAAGGCGUUGUUUGCGCGGCUACUUGGAUUAUGCCUGCAGCCAUGGUACCCCGGCCCUGGGAUUUCCCACCGCCUAAACCGAAGCUAGUUUCAAAGCCUACUGUCCCAACUGAAGUUGAAGCCUUACCGCCAGUCAGCCCAAAGUCUUCCAAGCCCGACGAAUCUAUUCCUGCAGAAACUUCGCCGUUUUCACCUCCUGCAAUGUCUCUACCUGCAAAGCCCCAUGCCACACCGAUCGCGCCGACACUGUCUAUUCCUGCAAUAUCAGCCAAUUCUACCGUGAUCAGUACAGCGACGCAAGGUUCCCCUGUGGUCCAGCCAUCAAUUUCUGCAGUUUAG